UUUCCACUGCAGGAACUUUCACCCGGAACUAAGAACCUUUUGAGGAACUCAUUGCGUUUCCAGCGCAGGGACCAGGGUUUAAAUUAAGUUCUGGAGACAUUUUACGGGACCUUUUUACCCCACAAAAAGGCCCUGGUCGUGGGGUAGUACUUUCUGAAAGCACCGGAAGUUUUGGGGUGGAGUUUGCAGAUAUGACCGUCGCUGAUUGGUGAAACACACACAGCACUGCUGCUUUAAUGGCUUCAACUCGUGUACCGCUUCAUUAAUAAACAAGGAAAUACUCUAGUAUUGAUUUAGGACCAUUUUAGGAUGAGGGGAGAGCAGGACAAGGGUUAAUACUGUGACCACUAGCAGCCCUCGUCUCAUGUCAUGUUGCUUUUUCAUAUAUCAGCGGCCCAAUUUGCCUGAUCGUCUCAAGUCUUUAGACUUCGGUGAAAACGCAGACAACAGUGGGCUGAAGGAACCUUUUAGUUUCUUGAAAAGUAGUUCCGGGGACUAAAAGUCCCCAGAACCUUUAGUGGAAACCUAGCUAGAGACUGAGUUUUUGAAAUUGUGCCAUUUAUUUUAGAUUUAACUCCCCACUAUAGAGCUUUUAUUUCUUUCGCCAUCUGCAAAUCAUCAUAAAUUCUUCUUCUGUCACUUUCACUGACAUUAAGCGCUAACUUCAAAUGCCUAUUGAUUGUCCUCCUGCUUUCAUUUGAGUUCAUUUGAACCAAGAUAUGUCUAUACCAAUAUGUGAUUUCUGUUAUCAUUUGGAGCCUUUUCUGAACAUUUUAGAGGACAAUGGACUUGCUGAAAAUUCUCACAGCUGUGUCUCUUCUGUCUUUCAGGAUAACAAUACUAGCAUGACUGUUUCCUGGAAAUCACGGCCUAACCUCUUCCACAUCUGUUUAUUACUGUGUGCAACUGGAGCGGUGUCGGGACAGUUCCAGCUGUUGCCGCUGAAUUUAACAGUGCUAAAAGGCUCUAACGCACAAUUCAACGCCACUGUGCCGGGACCCUGGAAGGUCAUGACCUGGACUGUCGGAAAAAAGCUGGUCCUCUCUGUACCUGCCACCGGUAACGUAACCUCAUACUGGGAGCAGUACUCUGCCAGAUUCUGCUCCAGUGGUGACACCAGCUGUGUGGAGCUGACCAUCCAUAACGUCAACCGCAGUGGUACAGAGUCCUGGCCGGUCAUUUGCAGUGUGCUGGGGCCCUAUGGAUCAAAGACGUCACAGCUUUACGUACAAGAGAGCGGUACGGUCAGCAUCAUGGGAGGAAACGUGACGGUGGUGCAGGACCAGCAAGUGGAGUUCCAGUGUGUAACAUCUGCCUGGUUCCCCACACCUGCUGUCGAAUGGAUCCGGAAUGGCCAAGCUGUAAACAGCAGCCUGUACAACACCACCAGCAUGGCAGAUGGGGAUGCCUUCAACUCCACCAGUGUCCUGAAGUUCCAGGCAGUCAGAAACACCAUAGUGGAGUGCCGGGCGACUGUUCUGACACUAACAAGCCCACAAUCCAGCGCUGUCUUCAUGGUGGUCGUUCCCAAGCCUCCUGACUGGACUGUGCUGAUAGCUGUGGUCGUGUCCAUUGGAGGUUUUGCUCUGCUGGUUUUGCUCAUCAUUGGAAUAAUCUUCUGCUGCAAACGCAGGAAAGAAAAACAACCCAACUACCAAGAUGAAAUGAGCAAAAGAGUGAGGACACAGAGCCAGAUAAGUGCCGGAGUCAAUACAGCUGGACAGAGACAAGGUCAAGUGAACGCAGGAUAUCUGCCAGAGGGUCAAACAAGUGUCGCUCCCAGUGAAUGCAAUGACAGCGGCUUUUCCCAGGCAAAUGGUUCCAAUGUUUUUGAGAUGCCUGAUGUUGUGAACAGUAACCAGGAAGGAAAUGGCUACAACGGUGCAUACACUACCGUGAACGAAGGCUUCAGGAAACACAGACAUGUCACCAUUGUGUGAGGACAGACGGAGGACCAAGAAGUGCAAAUGUUUAGGAGUUUUGGACCACACUGCACAACACCUUCAAGCCUCACUGGUUUGGUUUCUAAACAUUGGAGAAAGGUGGGAAGAAGGACUGAAUCCUCCCAGACCAAAGAUUUAUAUACUGCAGUAACAUUGAGGCUGUUGGAGGAGGAGACAUAUGCAGGACGUGUAUUUCGUUCACUGCCUGUAUAAAGCUGUUGCAGAAUAUACACUUUUGAAAUCAUAGGAAAUAUAUGAAAGCACAUUUGGUUUGCAAAAUGCAGCAUCCUCAGUGCUACAGUAAAGACUUGCUGCAGUGUGACGGCCCCUGCCCUUCCCUGCCCAUCUGUUGUUGCCAUGUUUUUCAGAUACCUGGUGGCAGGGGAUUGUUAGGGCCGACUUUAUUUGUCAUAUACAUAUAUGAAAUUUGACCUCUGCAUUUAACCCAUCCUAAGUAUUUUAGGAGUAGUGGUAGUGAUGCUGCUGUAAGCGCCCAGGGAGCAACUUUAGGUUUAGUGUCUCGCACAAGCACACUUUGACAUGCAGACUGUAGGAGCUGGGGAUCGAACCUUGUGGUUAAAGGACAACCCGCUCUACCCACUGAGCUACAGACGCCCCAGAAAACAAGUUGGGCCCGUUGUUCCCAGUCU